GUACCAGUCACCGCUUGUGGCUGCUCCUGAGUUCCACCAUCGCCCUCGCACACCUUCCUCUUGCACCACAUUCUGGUAUAUUCGCACCCCCGAGGCAGUCAUGGAUGCCCCGGACAACAUUCCUGGGUUCCUAGACCCGUUGUUGGACCAUCUCUCUUCGGCUCUUCCACCCAGUGUAUAUGAUGCCGUCGUCUCUUUCCUAUCUUACUCGAUAUCCUUCUGCACCUCACUCUUCCGCCUGCUCAUGGCAUUGGCGUCAUCUAAUCCAGCGUCAUGGGAUGCACAGACCAUCCUCCCCCCUCAUCACCGUCCUCGGGGCAACGGCGUCGGCGGGCAGUUCCGCGGCGGGAUUGUGCCCGCGAUCGGCGGUAUGAUUCUCGACAUGUUCAACGGCUUGGGAGUCUGGGAUCGGCAUCAGGAGUGGCAGUAUAACGAGGAUGCGCAGAAUGGAGGCGGGGAGUCAGGCAUGCAGCAAGCGAUGGGCCAGAUCUUUGGCGUCGUGGGCCGCACAAUUCGCGAAGGCGGCUGGUGGGAGGCUGCGAAAAGUGCGGUCGAUAACGUGUUGCAGGAAGGGGAAACCGACGCGGAGGACGAGACGAAUGCUGGGACGGCGAGACAGAGAAAGCAGCCUCCGCGGAAGGCGAAGUCAAAGCCUAGCUCGGCGAGGUAGCUUUCGGCGUACCGUGGUAAGCAUCGAGUGCUCGAUAUGUUGAAUGCUACUCAUAGCUUUAACUGUAGAUAUUUAUAUUGGUGACAUGUAUUCAAAUCUUUGUAUUAGGACCUCUCGAUUUCGCGGAAUGCGUAGUAUGGCUAUAAUAAGCACGUUCAAUCGCUACUGUAAAAGCCUCCGCAUUGCGAGCCGAAU